GUUGUUCGACAGAACGUAAAUGUUGUUCGACAGAACGUAAAUGUUGUUCGAGAGAACGUAAAUGUUGUUCGACAGAACGUAAAUGUUGUUCGACAGAACAUAAAUGUUGUUCGACAGAACGUAAAUGUUGUUCGACAGAACGUAAAUGUUGUUCGACAGAACUUAAAUGUUGUUCGACAGAACGUAAAUGAUGUUCGACAGAACGUAAAUGUUAACAUAAAUAACGUAAAUGUUGUUCGACAGAACGUAAAUGUUGUUCGAGAGAACGUAAAUGUUGUUCGACAGAACGUAAAUGUUGUUCGACAGAACAUAAAUGUUGUUCGACAGAACGUAAAUGUUGUUCGAGAGAACGUAAAUGUUGUUCGACAGAACGUAAAUGUUGUUCGACAGAACGUAAAUGUUGUUCGACAUUCAUACUGUGUUAGUGCUUGA